AGAAGAGGGAGGAGAAUGGGAGGAGCUGGGGGGCAGGCAGUCGGGGAAGGAGGGGUCUUAAGGGGCGGCGAGGCCAGGUCGGAUUUCCUUCGAGGCUGGCGAUCAGCAAAGCUCCAGCCUUCGAGCUCGCUGCAGCCGCCCUGCCCCGCGCCCUCCGGAGAUCGGGACGGGACCAUGAUGUGGACACGCUGGCUCGCGCUCGCGCUGGCGGCGGUCGCCUGGGUCCACGCCGAGGAAGAACUAAGGAGCAAAUCCAAGAUCUGUGCCAAUGUGUUUUGUGGAGCCGGCCGGGAAUGUGCAGUCACAGAGAAGGGAGAGCCCACCUGCCUCUGCAUUGAGCAAUGCAAACCUCACAAGAGGCCUGUGUGCGGCAGCAAUGGCAAGACCUACCUCAACCACUGUGAGCUGCAUCGAGAUGCCUGCCUCACUGGAUCCAAAAUCCAGGUCGAUUAUGAUGGACACUGCAAAGAGAAGAAAUCUGUAAGCCCAUCUGCCAGCCCAGUUGUCUGCUAUCAGUCCAACCGCGAUGAGCUCCGGCGUCGCAUCAUCCAGUGGCUGGAAGCAGAGAUCAUUCCAGACGGCUGGUUCUCUAAAGGCAGCAACUACAGUGAAAUCCUAGACAAGUACUUUAAGAACUUUGAUAAUGGUGACUCUCGCUUGGACUCCAGUGAAUUCCUGAAAUUUGUGGAGCAGAAUGAAACCGCCAUCAACAUCACCACCUAUGCAGAUCAGGAGAACAACAAGCUACUCAGAGGACUCUGUGUCGAUGCUCUCAUUGAACUGUCUGAUGAAAAUGCUGACUGGAAACUCAGCUUCCAAGAGUUCCUCCAGUGCCUCAACCCAUCCUUCAACCCUCCAGAGAAGAAGUGUGCCCUGGAGGACGAAACGUAUGCAGAUGGAGCCGAGACCGAGGUGGAAUGUAACCGCUGCGUCUGCGCCUGCGGGAACUGGGUCUGCACAGCCAUGACCUGUGACGGAAAGAAUCAGAAAGGGGCCCAGACCCAGAGAGAGGAGGAGAUGACCAGAUAUGUCCAGGAGCUCCAAAAGCACCAGGAAACAGCUGAAAAAUCCAAGAGAGUGAGCACCAAAGAGAUCUAAUGAGGAGGCAUCUGGCAAUGGUGUCGAGAGCCUGGCACCUUCUCUUCUACUUCAGUGCUGAGUCCAGUAUACGCAAGUGUCUGCUACAAUUGCCAAAUCACCAGUAUUUGCUUGUAUAGCAAUGAGUUUUAUUUUGUCUAUUUGUUUUGCAAUAAAGGAAAUGAGGGUGGCUGGCUAGGAAGGGAAGGGCCAAAGCCUUCCCUUCUAGGAGUGCUUUGAGAGAAACUGUAUAAAUGGAGCUCGGGGGCUGGAGGCAAGUGAGGAAAGUGCAUCAGGGUUGGGAGAGGAGCAGACCCAGAUCUGAACCACUUCUGAGUCUACCAAAGCUAUAAACACACUGCAUGGAGUGCAAGCAAUGCCAGAGAGAACUUAACUGUCCCUAAAGGAAAGGUUUGGGAAGCUCAGUGGAGAAGAAUGUAUUCUGCUUCCAGCCCUUUCCACUGCCAUCAACAUAACAGACUCCAGCAUCUGUGCUUCUCUUCAUGGCCCCAACCACUGCCUCUAGAUACACGGCCAUCCUGCUGAUUACCCAGUGUCCCUCAGACUUGAUGGAGUUUCUGGGAGGGUGCACCCAAAUGAUGCAGAUACUUGUGUACUUUCAGCCCCUUAGAGACCUAACCAAAUUUUAAAAAUACUUUUUACCAAAGGUGCUAUUUUUCUGUAAAACUUCUUUUUGGCAAGUUGACUUCAUUCUUCAAUUAUAAUCAUUAUAUUAUUGUGUUUUUUUUUUUAAUAUUUUAUUUUCUUGACUAGAAAUUAAGCUUUUGUAAUUAUUUCUUCAUAGCCCUAUCAUUUCAGAGGUGGGAGAGUUUGGGGUUCUUCCUGGUGCAGGGACUGCUAUAACCCAGACUUCUCCUACCCUGCCACAUACUAGCUGCAGCCCAGAGUUCCCCCGUGGAUUGCAGUUGUUCAGCAGUCAGUCUGGAGGAGCAGCAGGCACCUCAGAUAGAAGCCAGGGGAAGAGAAGUGUCUCCAUACAAAGCUUUCAAGAUUAGAAAAGCUAAUUUGUUUUCAUUUAUUCUGAUAAGCUCAUGCAAAUCAGUAUUGCAAAGAAUGGAGACAAGCGCAGCCAAGUAAGACUUAGCUAUUCCAGCCUAUCAAUAUGCUCACUGAUCCACCACUAACUAGGAGAGUGACUGUGUCCCUGUCUUCUCUUAUUUCUGGGCCUCACUUUCCUCAGUGAGUAGGUAGGAAUGCAUUAACCUUUUGAUUUCAUAAAUGGUAAGUUCUGUGGUUCUGAUCAUUGGUCCAGAGGAGACAGGUUCCUAAGAUUUUCCUUCCUCUCCUUAGGAUAAACGAAACCUUGUUGUUAUAUCAAGAAGAGUCAGGCAGCCAAAAACACGAUGACCAAAUUUGCCCGCAGUCUGAAUGGCCCCACAGGUUGUGCUGUGAUGUAGAGUCCUCUCGGGUAAAGCCUGCCCAGGAAGAAAGUGGGAAAGAACCACUCCACUUUGUCUUCACUAUUACGUUUCCUUUUUGACCUUGGAAACCGAAUUGGCUUUUCCUUUAGAGAAGAUAGACAAAAAGAGGUUUAACAUUUCAAGAAGGGAAAAAAUGGAAAUCAAAUCUUAAAAUUGUGAUUGGGGGAAGUCAGAUAUUCCUGUGUCUUUUGGCCUCUAGGAUUAUUAACCCAUUCGAUACCAUAUUUAAGAUCCAUUUGGAAUAAUAAAGAUUAAAAACUUGACAUAAGAUCUCAUUUUCAGAAAGCACAUUACAGACCACCAGAGGGAAAUUAUGUAGGUUGUAUGCGCAGGCAACUCUGAAAGAUGUGCUGAAAAUGGAAUUUCUUCUAAACAAUUUUCCUUGCUGUCUUUUGAAAGGAGAACAUUCCACUUUGUUUCAAAUUCUGAGCUUUUAUGUAUCAUUCCACUUUAAAAGCUCUUUUCAAACCCCAUAGGUGCAGUCUGAAAUGCACCUCCUGUCCAAGUGCCUUGGAGAACACAACAGCACACCUUGAUCAAGUUUUGCCAGCCCUUGGACACUAUGGGAGAAAGGGCAAGAGUACCAGUUUAAAGCAAGAAGCCAGAGUGUCUCCCCGUCAGUUACAUUUAGGACAGUGGUUGCCCUCCAAGAGUUACCCUACCCUGCAACAUUGAAUUCCCAAAAGCAAAUCUGCAUUCCUCCUGUAAAUAGGAAAGCUAUUGUCUGUACCAUAGAAUCACAUGAUCUAAUGACCAUCCAUGAGAAGCUGCUAAAUAGCCUAGUUUGGGGAAUCUUGCAUAGAGCUUUGCAUGGAGCAAACAGGAUUUAAUUGGGUUCAGUUCCUCCAGCUCUCUAAAAGCACAGGGCUUAGACCACAAGCUUCCUUAGGCUUUCUCUGUGUGUAUAAGGUUUUAUAAACAUUAAUUACAGCCUCUGUUAAGAUCCAGCGUCCAUGGAAACCUCACAUGCCAUGACUCUGGACUCCAUCACUGUUUGUGGAAAGCAGGGCUCCUCCACCUGCUAAUAAGCCCAUGUAAACCAGUCUGAAUGUCUUUCUUUUACACUUAUGUUUUUAAAUAGUCAAUUUUCAAGAAGCAAUUUGAACAAG